GAGAUCACACAAUGAACACUUCCUCCAACAACGAUCAACCAAGCCAAGGCCGUGUCAAGGCCAACGCUUGGUCGAGUGAUUUGUGCGAAUGUUGUAUGGACAUAAACUCAUGUUGCUUGACUUGUUGGUGUCCAUGUGUUGCCUUUGGACGCAUCGCUGAGGUUGUAGACAGAGGAUCCACAUCGUGUGGUGUGAGCGGAGCGAUGUACAUGGUCAUAUUUAUGCUGACAGGGUUCGGAGGAAGCAGUCUCUACUCUUGCUUUUACCGAACAAAACUAAGAGCCCAAUACAAUCUCAAGGAGAGACCAUGUUGUGACUGUUGUGUCCACUUUUGCUGCGAGCCAUGCGCUCUUUGUCAAGAGUACAGGCAACUUCAACACAACAAGGCCUUAGACUUGUCCCUCGGGUGGCACGGUAAUAUGGAGAAACAGGCACGACUGGCUGCAUCUGCGUCCGCGCCUUUUGCUCCUCCAUCGCUUCAAGCGCCCAUGUCUAGAUUGAAUUAGAUUGGUUUAUUAUCUAUGUAUCAUCUAACAUAAGUUACACAUCUUCUAGAAACUAUGCAUAUCUAAUUUAGUUGUUUGUAUCCCGUGACGUUAUUCUUAUUCCUACAAUGU